UAAAGUGAUUGUUGAUAAAGAAGGUUACAUUUUAUUAAUAAUGUUUUUUUUUCAUUGUAGAGGGCGUCUUGGUGUUCUGUCUAAAUCAGUAUGGCGUUGCAAAAUGGCUUCUGACGAUGGUAGUUUUUCUACAUUUUAGUUCAGUUUAGCAUUUUCGUUCAGUUUACUGUAAAAUUUGCAGUAAAAAUUAAUAUAAAAUUAUAAAAUUUAUAAUAUUAGUGUUGCUUAAUUAUAAAAGUGGUAAAAAUUAACAUAAGAAAAUGAAUCCCCACGAAGAAGAAAAUACUGAACCUUCAAUGAAGAAACGAAAGAUAUCUGAAUGUCCAUUCAAAAAUGGCAACGUUCCGGUAGAGUUAUCACAAGGUAUUUUCAUGAAGACUAAUUGUCUAAAUAAGAACAAUGAAGAAUCAACAUCCGAAGAUGUUUACGAUGAUCAACAGUACCGAAAUAAAAUUAAUGGAAGUAUAGAAAGCAAUAUAGAAUAUAAUGAUUGUAAUAAUCUUAGCAAAAAUGAAGAAUCACCUAGUUCAGAAAUGGAUGAAGGUCCUUCUAAUGAUGAUUUACGACAAUUUGAUGUACUCGAUGAUCUUGAUCAUCAUUCAGAUCAAGAAGGAUCGAGGUGUGAUUCGGACAGUAAUGAUAGCAUCGACUCUGAUGUUCCUGAUGAAGAAAUUGAAGCCAUGUUAGAUGAAGGACUUCCGGAUGAAUUUAAAAAUAAACGAAAAGAUCGUGGUGAUUGCAUGCCGUAUGAAGAGAAAGAGAAAUUAGUUUUAGAUGAAAUUGGUCACAAUCAUUUCGAUGUUUUACCAGAAGGUUGGGUUCAAGUAACACAUAAUAGUGGGAUGCCUCUGUAUUUACAUAAACAAAGUAGAGUUUGUACAUUAGCAAAACCUUAUUUUCUUGGACCAGGAAGUGUUCGUAAGCAUGAAGUACCAGUAAGUGCAGUACCUUGUCUACAAUAUAGACGAGCAUUGCAAGAAGAAGAAGAAGAAAAACAAAAACAAAAAGAACGAGAGUCAAGUGGUGUUGAUACUGUAGCUUUACCUAGUGCUAAAAUUGAAACUAUUCAAGAAAAUUUAGCAGCCCAUUCACUUGACAGCGAACGAUUACGUAAUUACUGCCAAUCACUUUUUAGGUUUAAAACAAUUAAAGUCAUGAGAUUUCAGUCAUGGUCGGCACGAAGAAAAUUCACUAAAAAUAAGAAAAAUCGUAAACAAUUGGAAAGACCAACGUUACCUGAUGGUACAAAAUUGAUAACAUUCCCUAUCGGUAGCGGCACAGGUUCAACAAACGGAAGUCCAGGUACCGGUGACGAUAAUGUUGGUCAAAGACCUCCAAAACAUUGGAUCAUGAAUCCAUCGGGAAAAAGUUAUGUUUGUAUUUUACAUGAGUAUGUACAACAUGCUCUAAAAAAGCAGCCAACAUAUAAAUUCAAAGAGUUAGAAAAUGCUGCCACGCCAUAUUCAGCUAUUGUUUGUAUAAAUGACAUGGAGUACGGAAGUGGUUUUGGGAGUAGUAAAAAACAAGCUAAAGCUAAUGCUGCCAGAAAAACUUUGGAGAUUUUGAUUCCACAAAUGAGAGACAAAAUCUCAGGUGAAGUGGCCGAAGAUUCAAUGAAUUCCGGUCGAACAAUAAAAGCAUCAAGGAGUAAUUCUGAUGCAGAUUUAUCAUUUUUUGAUGAAAUUUCAAUCACUGACCCACGAGUGGCUGAGUUUUGUGCAAAAACAACAGAACCUUCUCCGCAUGCUAUUUUAAUCACAUGUUUACAACGAAACUUUGGUCUUGGUGACAUGCACAUAAAUUAUUCUGUUAAUACUUUGAAACAUCAAAGAAAUGAAUUUACCAUGAGGGUAGGAAAACAUGAAGCGACUGUGGUAUGUAGAAAUAAAAAAGAUGGUAAACAACGGGCUGCACAAGCAAUCCUACAACGUUUGCAUCCUCAUAUUCAAUCGUGGGGAUCUCUUUUACGUCUUUAUGGAUCUCGAAGUGUUAAAUCUUUUAAAGAGAAGAAACAAUUGGAACAAGAAAUCACAUUAUUGCAAGGAAAAGCUGCCGUAAAUCAACCAAAUCAUGCAAUUUUAGAAAAAUUACGUCAAGAAAUGAAGAAAUUAUCAGAGCAACGUCAAGCAAUACAGCCAAUUGGUAAAUUUAUAUCACCCGAUCUUCCAACUGGAUCUGCUGCCAAUUUAAAUAAUGUUGACUUGUAGUGUAACUAGUCAAAGCCAUCUAAUAUAGAUGUUUAAGUUAUUUUUUAUUUAUAAAUAAUAUAAUUCAUUAAAAUUAUUAAGAAUUCUAUCUAGUACGUGAAAACCGUGAGACUUACAAAGUUGUGUAGCUGCCAAUAAUAGCUAAUACUAGCCUGUUAAUGUUAACAAAGUUUACUUGGGGUGAAAAAAAAACACAACUCAAUUUCAUUUAGUUUAAUGAUAAUGUCAAAUGUUAUAGUUUUUACAUUAAUAUAAUUUUUUGUCUAAGCAUUGGUUAACAUUUAAUUAAUUAAUUGUAAAAUUGGUAGAUAUUUCAUUUUU